ACGAGGGAGAUUAAUUAUUUUCAUGAAGUCGGAGUUGAGCCGCUGAACUAGGGAGCGCCAUACAAGGAGAGGAAUGCAGGGCGCUACGUCACCGUCCCGGACGGGGUGGAGGACCGAGCAUGGGAGGUGGGGGGCACGAUUCCUGACUGGGACGCUCUAAACUCGCGCGGCCUCUGUGCGGUUAAUGCUGUUCUCAAAAGAUACGCCUUUUUUUUUUUCAUUCCCCGAAUCUCGGCAAAUAACGGACUCCUCUCUCCCGCUGAGGCACUGAACAGCGCCUGGGAAUCGGAUAGGAGCACAAAACAAGGAGCGUGGACUGAGCGCCAAAGGAAAAAAAAGACGACAGGAAUAGAAAAAGAAAAAAAGAGAGAGAGAGAAAGAGAGCGAUCGGAACAAGAACAAGAGAGAGCACGGCAUGGAUGACCUCGGUGAGGCCGACACUCUCUAUUGUCCUCUCAGCCCCCGUGUUGUUGUCUUUGAUGCUUUGCUUGCCGACCUGGAGACCACCACCUCCCAUAUUGCAAAGAGGCCAGUACUUCUUUCUGACCCUCUGCUUGGACCGCAGGCUGUUUCUAGCGACACGGGACUGGGUCAGGUUUAUUCCAACGGGACGGAAAAUGAUGUCAGGCCACCGCCACCUGCAUAUACCCCUCAACAGACGGUUUCCACUGCUAUGAAGUCUGGACCCCUUCCUCAAGUCAAGGAUGCCGAACGACUCUACAGCACCGUGUGCAAACCAAAGUCUCCUAAAACCAAAGAACAGAUGGGUUUAAGUUCUUCCUCCGUCUUGGGAGGAGGUCUCAACGAGCUGGACCACCUGCUGCAAGAGCUCAAUGCCACCCAGUUCAACAUCACAGAUGAGAUCCUGGCCCAGUUCCCCAGCAGUAAGACAGACGAAGCAGAGAAGCUGAAGCAGUUCCAGGCAUCUGUCAUCAACAGUCCUAAAAGCAAAGAUGAAACAGCUGCAGCCUCCACUGGCUCCGGCUCUGGACAGUCUCUGAAGCCUUCGGCCACUGCAGCCACCCUGGAACUGGACAAGCUGAUGGCCUCCCUGUCUGACUUCAAGGUCCAGACAAAUGAUUCGCCUUCUCCUAACAGCUCCGCCCCCGCGGUGACUCCGCCUCGGCCGACAGCCCCUCCUCCUCCUCAGAGCAGCGGUUCAUUGGACAGCAUGCUGGGCCUCCUCCAAUCAGACCUGACUAGGCAAGGCAUUCCGACCACCGCCAAGGGAACCUGCGCCGCGUGCCAAAAGCCCAUAGUCAGCCAGGUGGUCACCGCACUCGGGCAGACUUGGCACCCUGAGCAUUUUGUCUGCACACACUGCCAGAAAGAGAUUGGCGCGAGCAACUUCUUUGAGAAAGAUGGACUCCCAUAUUGUGAGGAAGACUACUUCAUGCUCUUCUCCCCCCGCUGUGGCCUGUGCAACCAGCCCAUCCUAGACAAAAUGGUGACGGCGCUCGACAAGAACUGGCACCCCGAGCACUUCUGCUGUGUCAAGUGUGGACGGCCCUUUGGUGAGGAAGGCUUUCAUGAGCGGGAUGGCAAGCAGUACUGUCAGAAGGAUUUCUUUGCCAUGUUUGCCACACGCUGCCAGGGCUGCAGCCAACCCAUCCUUGAGAACUACAUCUCUGCACUGAAUGUGCUCUGGCACCCGGAGUGCUUUGUGUGUCGGGAGUGUUACACCCCAUUCAUCAAUGGCUCCUUCUUUGAGCAUGAGGGACAGCCGCUGUGUGAGACCCACUACCAUCGCAGCCGGGGCUCGCUGUGCUCAGCGUGUGAGAAGCCGAUCACGGGACGCUGCAUCACUGCAAUGGGAGCCAAGUUCCACCCUGAACACUUUGUCUGUGCCUUCUGUCUAAAGCAGCUCAAUAAAGGGACCUUCAAGGAGCAGGGUGACAAGCCCUACUGCCACCCCUGCUUUUUUAAGCUAUUUGGGUGAAAAUGGAGGGGGGGGCAGAGUGCUGCACACAGCUAGCAAAGCCACAGCUUCAAGUCUUAGGUACCAACGCUGACUGAUCUUCUGUGCGAGGCUCCUCAGCCCGGCGUCUCCAUUUUCUCUCUCUCUGUAGCGUUGGCCUGCUCACUGCUCAGGUCUGCCAUCUAAUGGCAGUUGUUGAAAUUGCUCACAUACUGUUAAUUUAUAUGAAAGCCAUCUGUCAUCCUCGACGUGUACAAACAGCAUUCUGUUUUCAAGUUGAAAUGUUUCUCAAUAGGAAAUGUGGAAAAAAAUGCAUUAAAGGUGAAAUAUUUCCAAUAAAUCGAAAUCAGUACAA